AUGGUCGGCAUCAUGAAGCUAUGUAUACCUCUACUCGUGACAUUCUUCUGUGUGGUGCUACCGUCUGUGCUGGGAGCAUGGAAGAAAUCCUGUGUUUCAAGGGAUGACCUAUUAAUUGAGGAGUGCUGGGGACAGCCAAACGUGGAAGAAUGUACCAGGAAGUGUUCUAAAACCUUGAAAUGUGAAGACAGAACUAAAACGUGCUGCUGGACCUAUUGUGGAAACAUUUGCUGGGAAAAUGAUAAAUCCUAG